CACCAGUCUCUCGUUCAGUAUAAAAGAACGGAUCUUGAUUUUUUAGAAACCAUUCUAAAGUUCGUGUUCAUCGUGUAAACUUACCAGUUAAACCUAAAAGACCAGCAAUGGCUCGUACCAAGCAGACCGCCCGUAAAUCCACCGGAGGAAAGGCCCCUCGGAAGCAGUUGGCCACCAAGGCCGCUCGUAAGAGUGCUCCCUCAACCGGUGGCGUCAAGAAGCCGCAUCGUUAUCGUCCCGGAACGGUCGCCCUGCGUGAAAUCCGUCGCUACCAGAAGUCCACCGAGUUGCUGAUCCGCAAGUUGCCCUUCCAGCGGCUGGUGCGUGAAAUCGCCCAGGACUUCAAGACGGAUCUGCGCUUCCAGAGUGCCGCCGUUGCUGCCCUGCAGGAAGCUAGCGAGGCGUACCUGGUCGGACUCUUUGAAGACACGAAUCUAGCGUGCUUAAUUGCAAUGACUGGACGCGGCAAGGGAGGCAAAGGACUCGGAAAAGGAGGCGCCAAGCGGCAUCGCAAGGUUCUUCGCGACAACAUCCAGGGCAUCACCAAGCCGGCCAUCCGUCGCCUGGCCCGUCGUGGCGGUGUGAAGCGCAUCUCCGGUCUGAUCUACGAGGAAACUCGCGGUGUGCUGAAGGUGUUCCUGGAGAACGUGAUCCGUGAUGCGGUUACCUACACCGAGCACGCCAAGCGGAAGACCGUCACGGCCAUGGACGUCGUGUACGCCCUGAAGCGCCAGGGACGCACGCUGUACGGUUUCGGAGGAUAAGCGGAAGUCUCGCUCAACAACAUUGAAAUUAAACGGCCCUUUUCAGGGCCACCAAAUCAA